AUGCAGGAUCGAGAAAAUAAGGUGACUCCCAAUGAGCAUGUGGGAGUAAAAGGGCCCCAGGGUAUCCUGCCAAGUUCGUAUCACGAAUCCCCUAAUAUUUUUAGGUUCUGCCGAAUAACAUCCCUGUUGCAAGCACGUUUCAUGCUUGAGCUAAGGGGGGAAUAUAUUGUAUGUAUUAUUACGCGGAAUGGCCAUGCGCAAAUUCAAGAUAUAAAUUUAGGCUGGAAACUCAAGAGCAAACUCGAGAAAGCGCUCUUGGCGACUUCUGCAAUGAAGCUGUACAACAUUCGGCCCAGAGUGGGGAGGGAGGUCGUAUUGUGGAUGUGGAUAGAGCGUGAUAACCCGCCAAACGAAACCCAAAGCACGCUCCAUGGCCUGCUCGCGGUGUUGGAUGAGGAUAUGCAGUUGUUAUUGUAUUAUUGUUAUGUUAUGCAUGGCAAUAAUGAAGAGCCAAUGCAGGUCCCUGGAAGAGAAGUAGAAAGAUGGCGAAAAGGUCCGAAGUCCACGGGAUGUGAUAUGUUCCUCUUAAAUGCGGGUGCAAUGUGCAAUGCUAUUGUGUCGCUGCGUGGAUUUGUCCAGAGUAUCACAACUCGUCAGAGGCGGGAUAACCUUACGAACGAAGCUCUAACAGUACAGACUUGA